UGAUGAUCUGACAUAGGUACUCGUACCCACAAGAAACGGAAAAAGGCAAGAAGUGGAAAAGCCCAACAAUAUCAAGAAGUGUACAACUCCUAAGUAAGUUACCUGAAUCCCCUAACAAACAAACAAAUUAACAACUCCUCAAAAGCAGAAUAAGGAACUCACCUCACGUGAACAUCCCCCACCUUCACAACUAUCACCACAUGAAACAACUCAACCAUUCCACUUAUAUUUACACAUCUUCACAACUUCAAACCCAAAAAUUAAAAUGACUGAACUAAAAUCUCCCUACCAUUUACCGCCCUUCUCCAUCUCCCCACCCUUAGUCAACUCCUCCAAUCCCUGGGCUUCAGACGAGUCCCAACUACUAGCUCUCUACCAAUGUCCUCACACCGGCGCAGUAACAACACGCACCUCACUUCUGGAAGCCUUUUCUCAAGAUGCCUCAAAACACCAACAUACAUUCUUCUCACCCCAACUCGGACACUCUACCAUUACAUCUCUUCACCCAGAUUCGAAGGACAAGGAUACACACACCACAGCAGAAAAUGAAGAAUAUCAAGAUCCCACCUCUUCACUAAACACCUACGGAUACUCACCCCAUCCAUUCACCCAAUACCUCACCUGGCUGCGCAAAUUCCGAGAUUCCAAUCUUUUAACAGGAAUCCUAGAUCCGCAAACCGGAAUGAGAAAGCGGAAACCCUUCAUAAUUAGCACAACGGGUCCACCAUCUGAAAUCCACACCCACCUUACAGCCCUCCUCACCCUUCAAAAUGAGCCCCUAACCCUCUCUUCACGCCAACACGAAGGAGAGGGCCUGGAAGUUCUUCUAGAAAUAAACCUUUCCUGCCCGAACAUCCCGGGAAAACCACCACCUGCAUACAAUCCCCCCCUCCUCCUCGAGUACCUCAUCGCCAUCGAGGAAGCGAAAUCUUCCUUCUUGGCUACGAGAGCGAAAGAGAAAGGAGACGAUGCGAUAUUACACGACAUCCACAUCGGCCUCAAAAACCCCCCCUUCACAUACACCACCCAAUUCACCUCCCUCCUCUCACUCCCAGGCUUCUCAAAGAACAUCUCCUUCAUCACCGCCGUCAACACGCUAGGCGGGUGUCUCCUCCUCUCCUCCUUGGGUCAAAACGCACUAGGGAGCGAGAACGGAUGGGGUAUCGGGGGCAUGGCGGGUAGUGCUUUGCACCCGAUUGCUUUGGGAAAUGUGAGGACCUUGAGGAGAUUGCUGGAUAGUGACGAGGAUGAGGGUCUUAAGAAUAUUAAGAUUGUGGGG